GUUAAUAGCAACAGAGAAUGGAACAAGACAGCCAGUUUUAACGAAACAAAACAAAAGAACAAAGUAGCGUACGUUUUCAGGCAUCCAUGUCUAAAUAUGAGAAAGACAAUUCUGCCAAUAUGGCGUCCUCUCAACGAACUCCAGGGGAUCUUAAAAAGAUGAUUAUAGACAGUAAAGAGGAAAUAGAUGAAGUUCAGCAUGCUUUGGAUAAGCUACGUACACUUUCCCAGGAUGACGAGACAGAAAAUGCACUUCUGCGAUCCAGAAUAGACGAGCAGUCCCAGCUGAUCGGCAUUUUGAAGCAGAGGGCAGACGAGAUGGUUCUGAGAUGCCAGGCACUUGAUAGAAUUAACACAGAGCUGGAGAACAUGAACGAGGAUGUGCAAUGCGAACUGAAGAUCGAAAAACAUCGAUCCACACAGCUUGAGGACAGGUUUAUGGAUUUGGCAGCCAACCACCAACAGAUAAUCAAAUUCAAAGAUGAGUACAAAAUGCAGAAUGCAGAACUGAAAGAGGAAAAUGAAAAGCUCAGGAAUGAGAACAAGAGCCUUUUCUGUGAAGUACUUCAGCAGAAGGAGCAGAGAAUUGUUGAGCUCACAGGAGAAGUGAAGAGAAUGACAGAGCAAUACAAUGACUUAGAGCUGGAAUAUAAACAAAAGUCGAGCGAAUUCAAGGCCAAAGUGGAGGAAAUUAAUGAAAAUCACCAAAUUAAGGAAUCAGCUUUUCUGAGUAAAUUAGAAGUUCUUCAGAAACAGUUAAAGGAUGCUACAGAAAGGUGUAAUGAAUUAGAUUUAAUGCUCAAACAAGCAACUGAAAAGGACAACUUAAAGGAAUCACAACUGCAACUUAAGUUGCAGUCAUUAAUCAGAGAGAAAGAUGAACUCUUGGAGCUUUCAAUGCAAAGAGGGAAAAUUAUACAGGAUAAGCAGAAGGAAAUUCAGCAACUAGAGGAAAAAAGAGAAAUUGCAGAAAAGGCAAGAACAGCUGCAGAAAAACGGUUUGAACAAGAAGUAUCUGCAGUAAAUUUAAAUGUAAGAGUGAAAGAACUCCAACACUGCCUUGAUGAAUCAAAACAGAUGUAUAAUGAACUGAAGAAGGAAUUUGAAGUCUACAAGAAACAUAGCUGUGAUCUUCUUGCAAAAGAAAAGGAAUUGAAUGCCAAACUACGCCACAUGAUUGGUUGAUGCUACAUUACCGUAUCUAUAAAUGGAUGCAAGUUGUGUCAAAUUCUUAUUGUACUUAACACCUUGUAGUUAAGCUACAAAAGACACUUGGUAGUAAUUUAUACCCUAUUCAUACUACCUAUAUAAAAAUACACAACCACAUAGAUUGUAAAUUAAGUGAGUGACAAUCGCAUGGUUUCAACAUGUGUUUAUAGCACAAAAAAUAGUGUGGAGUGUAUUUGACAAAUGUUCUAUUGAUAGGAAACAUCUAAAAAAAGUUUCAGUAUGAAUGUAUUGGUGUUAAGUUGUGGAUGUAUAAUUGAAUGUAGCAAAACAAAUACAAUAACUUCCCUUAAACAUAAGAUGACUGUUAUAGAUCAACAAAAGCUAAAAUACUUGUGAAUUAGGGUGCCAACUGCAGUUGUUCAAAGUCUUGCUAUUAAAGCAAUUUGCAUUUAAGAUCUUUUCAGGGAUCCAAAAACUCUGGCAAUUUCUAUACUUCCAAAUCAGAGGUGUUUGAAUACUUUAUAUAAAAAAAAAAAAAAAAAAAAAAAGUUGAUGUUGUAGCAUUAAAUAACUUUUGUAUAACUUUUUUUACAAGCUUGGUUAUUUGCCCAUCUUCAACAAAACACAUUUCCAGUCAAAGCUUAAGAUAAAGCUUUUAAAAAUCAAACAAUAGUAAAUUAAAUAGUCACCAUAACCUAUACUCUAUUGCAGCACUAUCAGCGAUUCAGGCACAUCUGCUACAAAAUACACAAAAAGAAACUAAAAGGGGGGUUGAGGAAGAAAAAAAAAAAAACCACACAUCUAAAACUUAACAAGACAGAUUUUAUUUCCAUCUACCCCAUUUAAAUCGGAACAUUAAAUAGAACAUUUUUUUCAUGAUGACAAGACAUCUGAGACAGUUUGGAAUAUUAUACCAUGUUA